GCCUCUCAAUCAGCGUACCGCGUCGGUCUCUAAGGAGCGUUGCUGCGUUCAGGGUCGCUCACGUGUGCUUCAGACAACAUGUAGCCACCGGCACUCACACAUUGCUAUCACAUAAACAGGUUAGGGUGCAGUGUGACGGACACAGGCGGCUCGCAGAAGAUGAGCGUCACCGCCGGGGAGAAACAGAGAGGAGUUCGGAAGAGGCAGCUGGUAACGGCCAACUCUUGACGGCAACUCCCGCUGACCUGAGCCGCCGCCGCCGCCGCCGCCGCCGCCGCUCCUUCAUGCCGCUGAAGAGCACCGAGGCCGCGCACUGAAUCCAAACACAGAGCUGGUAUCCCCCGCACGAGCCGCGUGGGACCUGGGACGAGACAAUGGCGAGUCUGGGUGACUGCUGCGUGAAGGUUGCACUGAGGAUACGUCCUCAGAUGGCCAAAGAGAAGAUUGAGGGCUGCCACGUGUGCACAUUGGUCACCCACGGAGAGCCGCAAGUCCUCCUGGGAAAAGACAAGGCCUUCACCUACGACUUUGUUUUCGACAUCGACUCAGAACAGCAGAGCAUCUACCAAGCAUGUGUGCACAAGCUCAUAGAGGGCUGCUUUGAGGGCUAUAACGCCACCGUGUUUGCUUAUGGCCAGACUGGUUCUGGGAAGACCUACACCAUGGGGACCGGUUUCGAUGUGAAUCUAACCGUGCCGGAGCAGGGCAUCAUCCCACGAGCUGUUCACCAGCUCUUUGAAGGGAUCCAAAGCAGGAAGGAGCAAGCCAAAGAAGCUGGCACCCAGCCUCCUGAAUUUAAAGUCAGCGCCCAGUUUCUUGAGCUUUACAAUGAAGAGAUCCUGGACUUGUUUGACAGUGCAAGAGAUCCAGAGAGCCGGAGCAGGAAGUCCAACAUAAAAAUCCAUGAGGAUGCUAGUGGCAGCAUCUACACCACCGGGGUCACUUCCAGACUUGUCCAGUCAGAGGAGGAGCUGCUGCAGUGUCUGAAGCUGGGCGCGCUGUCCCGCACCACUGCCAGCACACAGAUGAACGCUCAAAGCUCACGCUCACACGCCAUCUUCACUAUCCACCUCUGUCAGAUGAGAGUCUGCCAACAACAGCUGCAAUUGGCGAAUGGAGAGGGGAAGACUGAGGAAUUAAAUGGUAUGGACUCCAGUGCCAUCAAGCAGCCCGAAUAUGAAGCACUGAUGGCCAAGUUCCACUUUGUGGACCUGGCUGGUUCUGAGAGGCUCAAACGCACAGGAGCCACUGGAGAGCGAGCCCGUGAGGGAAUCUCCAUUAACUGUGGACUGUUGGCCCUGGGAAAUGUCAUCAGUGCUUUAGGAGAUCAGUCCAAGAAAGGGGGGCAUGUUCCCUACAGAGACUCCAAACUCACUCGGCUGCUACAGGACUCACUAGGAGGCAACAGUCGCACAGUGAUGAUCGCCUGUGUCAGUCCAUCUGAUCGUGACUUCAUGGAGACCUUGAACACCCUCAAGUAUGCGAACCGGGCCCGCAACAUCAAGAACAAGGUGGUCGUGAACCAAGACAAGACCAGCCAGCAGAUCAGCGCCCUGCGUGCUGAGAUAGCCCGCCUCCAGAUGGAGCUGUUGGAGUACAAAGCGGGGAAGCGCGUGGCAUGUGAGGACGGUUCGGAGGGUUACAGCGACCUGUACCAGGAGAACACCAUGCUCCAAAGAGAGAAUGACACACUGCGCCUCAGAGUGAAGGCCAUGCAGGAGACCAUCGACCACCUCAACACCCGAGUCACACAUCUUCUGGCCAAUGAGGUCAACAUGCUGAUCUCUAAGUCAAGUGAGGGAAACCAGGAGAUUGGGGCCCUUAUUCAGAACUACAUCCGGGAAGUUGAAGAACUCAGAUCCAAGCUGCUGGAGAGUGAGGCCAUGAAUGAAUCAUUGCGACGUCAAGCUGCUCGGCUCCCCUCUCGUACAUCCUUCACUUCUUCCUGUCUUAGCCCCGCCCCUGGGCACCCCCCUGGCUCCUCCCCUGUGGUCAUGUCCAUGGAGGCCGAAAUGACGGACGUGUUGCGCAGAGCCAAGCUGGACAUCGAGAAGCUGAAGAAGAAGGAGAGGAGACAGAGGAGGAUGAGUCCAGAGUUGGAGAAAGGUUUGAAAAAACGUGUUAAAUUACACAACCACGAGAUUGGCGACAAUGGACAAAACGGACUGAAUGGAGAGAUGGAUUCAGACGACAAUAACACCGAGGACAUCAUGUCUCCAUUGCAGGAGGAAAGUGGUUGCGAUGAGGACGAGGAGGAAGGAAGGGAGGAUGAUGACGAGUUUGACAGCGAUGAGAGCCUGGUGGACUCAGACUCAGAUUCUGAUGAGAAGGCCAACUUCCAGGCCGACCUUGCUGAUCUGACCUGCGAGAUCGAGAUCAAGCAGAAAUUGAUAGAUGAGCUGGAGAACAGCCAACGGAGGUUGCUGAUGCUGAAGCUCCAGUAUGAGGAGAAGCUCAUUUUGCUGCAGAACAAGAUCCGAGACACCCAGCUGGAGAGGGACCGUGUGCUUCAGAACCUCAUGUCCAUGGAGAACUAUACAGAGGAGAAGGCAAACCGCAUUAAGCAGGAGUAUGAGAAACGUCUUAAGGAGAUGAACCAGGACCUUUUGAAGCUCCGAGCUGCACAGAAGGAACAUGCGCGCCUCCUUAAAAACCAGAGCAGGUACGAACGGGAGCUGAAGAAACUCCAAACGGAGGUCAAUGAGAUGAAGAAAGCCAAGGUGGCGGUGAUGAAGCAGAUGAAGGAGGAGCAGCAGAGGAGGAGGCUGGUGGAGGCCAAGAGGAACCGUGAGAUUGCCCAGCUCAAGAAGGAGCAGCGACGACAAGAGUUUCAAAUUAGAGCAUUGGAGUCACAGAAGCGGCAGCAGGAGCUGGUUCUGCGCAGGAAAACUCAGGAGGUGACGGCCCUCCGCAGGUUGGCAAAACCCAUGUCAGACCGUGUAGCUGGACGCGUGGCACGCUGGAACCAAACCCCCCCAGUGACUGACUCUGGGGCAGAGUUGUCCGCCAGCACCACGGCGAGCAGCUCUGAACCCGAGAGCGGGAAGACUGUGAGCGGAUUAGUGCGGCAGUGGAACAACAAAAACAAUGGGUAUGGCUACCUGGGAGAGAGUGAGGGCAGCAUGGAUAGGACGCGGGUCGUUGGCAGCAGAAAGAAGCUGCAGCGUAAGCCAGCAGAUGCCGGCACCACUGCAGCAGCGGGCAGAGCCCUAACCUUCUCCAAGUCGGCCCGUCAGAAGUGGCAGACUUUGGAGCGUCGUGUUAUGGACAUCGUCAUGCAGAGAAUGACCAUCGCCAAUGUAGAAGCUGACAUGGAUCGACUCAUAAAGAAACGAGAGGAGCUGACGGCCCAGCAGGAGGCGCUUUCACACAAGAGAGCGGUACUAAUGGCGGAAGGGGAGGGUCCAGAAGCUGAGGACCGACUCCUUUUGGAGGUUGGUGAGGAUAUGGAGGUUCUGAACGCUAACAUCGACUACAUCAAUGACAGUCUGUCGGACUGCCAGGCCACUAUUGUGCAGAUAGAGGAAACAAAGGAUGAGCUGGACUCAGUGGACACCUCAGUGGUGAUCAGCUCAUGUUCUCUGGCUGAAGCACGCCACCUGCUGGACCAUUUUCUCAAGGCGUCUAUUGACAAGAGCUUACAGGUGGCACAGAAGGAGGCUCAGAUCAGACUGCUGGAGGGUCAGCUGAGACAGACCGAUGUGAUUGGUUCAUCCCAAAAUCACAUGAUCCUUGAUGCUUUGCGGGAAAAGGCAGAAUACAUCCCUGAACUGCAGGCUCUCAUCCACAAUGUACAACAGGAGAAUGGUUAUGCUAGCACAGAUGAGGAGCCAUCUGAGUUCAGUCAAGCCUCAGACAACAGUGUCUCUCUAAUGAAAGAGUCCAAUAGUCAAGAUGACUUCAAAAUGAAGGUGGAAUCUCGUCUGUCAGCUCAGAUGAAGGCGGUGUCGGCCGAGUAUCUGGGUCCCACCCUGGAGCAUUCGUCAGGCUGCAAGCAGCAGCAAAUCACUAAGUCCCUGGCCUCGCUCACCGACAUCCAGGAGGACAGUCUGAGCAGGGUCAAGGCAAGCUUGGGUCUUAGCCUCGGCCUCUCUCUGCUUGACCCCUACCACAGGGAACGAGCGUCACGUACCAUCAGCUUGCCUGUCAGAGGUCACACCUUUCCCAGGCAGUCGCGGGGCUACGACACCUCUCCCAUCACCAGAAGAAAAUCUUAUGACCGUUCGUACAGGCCCACUGAUGGCUGUACUCCCCCUUCUUCCCCUCCUCUGAGGACCAGGAAUGACCGCAAUGUGUUCUCGAGGCUCACCAGCAACCAAAGUCAAGGUUCUGCUCUGGACAAGUCGGAUGACAGCGACUCCUCGCUCUCCGAGGUGCUCAGGGGGGUGAUCAAUCCAAUCGGUGGUGUGAAGGGGGGUCGGACAGCCCCCCUGCAGUGUGUGUCUGUAGCCGAGGGUCACUCAAAGCCCGUUCUGUGUGUGGACGCCACGGAUGAGCUGCUGUUCACUGGAUCUAAAGAUCGCACCUGUAAGAUGUGGAACCUGGUGACAGGUCAGGAGAUUCUCACGCUCAAAGGCCACCCCAACAAUGUAGUCUCGGUCAAAUACUGUCCCUCCUCGGGUCUGGUCUUCUCCGUCUCUACGUCCUACAUCAAGGUGUGGGACAUACGUGAUUCGGCAAAGUGCGUCCGCACACUCAGUUCAUUAGGGCAGGUAGUGUCAGGUGAUGCGUGUGCCGGCGCCACCACCCGCACAAUAACAUUUGCACAUGGUGAAUGUCAGAUCAACCAGAUUGCACUCAACCCAUCAGGAUCUGUGUUGUACGCCGCUACUGGAAACACUGUCCGCAUCUGGGAUCUCAACAGGAUGCAUGCUAUGGGCAAGCUGACAGGCCACAUUGGCUCUGUCAUGUGUCUCACGGUGGGACAGUCUCUACUGGGCAAAGACCAGGUCAUCACUGGCUCUAAAGACCAUUACGUGAAGGUGUUUGAUGUGGCAGAGGGGACGAUGGGUAACGUUGGCCCAGCACAUAACUUUGAGCCACCACAUUACGAUGGCAUCGAGUGUUUGGCCGUGCAGGGAGAUGUACUGUUCAGUGGAUCGAGAGACAACGGCAUCAAAAAAUGGGAUUUGGAGCAGCAGGAGCUCACUCAGCAAAUCCCCAUCGCCCACAAGGACUGGGUGUGCGCCCUGGCGUACGUCCCGGCAAGGCUGUUGGUGCUCAGCGGCUGCCGGGGUGGCAUGCUGAAGGUGUGGAACGUCGACAACUUCACUCCCAUCGGAGAAGUCAAAGGGCACGACAGCCCCAUUAAUGCCAUAUGUACCAACUCCAGGCAGAUUUUCACUGCAUCCAGUGAUUGCAGGGUGAAAUUAUGGAACUAUGUGCCUGGCUUGACCCCGUGUCUUCCUCGCCGGGUCCUCGCCAUCAAGGGCCGAGCCACCAGCCUCCCAUGAUUACCACCUUUCCUCCUCCCUCCGUGACAAGACGGUGAAGCUGUGGAUGGCAAAAGUGUGGAGGAAGAGGUGACGAUCCAAAUGAUGGCGGUUGAGCAUUUUUUCGUGUGGAUUCAGUUGUGGUCUCUGACCUCACUUCCAUGCCCAAGGCAAUUCCACUUUUAUUUGUUACUGUGAAAAACGGAACAUUGCCUUGAAAGGCAUAAUAAACAAUUGUUUCUUUCUUUUUUUUUUUUUUUUUUUUUUUUAAAUUUAUUUAUAUAUAUUUUUUGAAAGUGCCAUUUGCUGUGAUGCUACUUGGACAAGGCAAAUGCAUCUUGCAGACACAUCUGGCAGGACGAUUUCUCUCAUCACAACAAAAUGAUGAAGAAGAGUGUCCUGCUGUUUCCCCUUUUUUUUGAGGGCGGUGAAAAGCAGAGUACUUACGGAACAUUUGUGUAAACACCUUCAAUAUCUCCUUGAAGGAAUUCUGUAUUUUUUUUUUUACAUCAAUCAUUGAACAAUCAUCUUUCAUGACCAUCAUCGUCAUUUUUAUUCAGCUGUUACACAACGAGACAUCUCAUGUUGUACCCCAGGUUUUCCCUUAAGUUGUCACUGAAUUUCUGUGGUGAUCAACAAGGAGUCUUUAAUGUUCAUUUUCCCUACCUCAUUUGUUUUGGACUGAGCAUUCCACAUGGGCGAGAACAUGUUUAUGGGUCUCUCUGCACAAAAACCUGGUGCUGCAUUUGUCUGGCGCUUUAUGUCUGUAAAUGUGUCCUCUGUUGGUUCAGGCUGUCUCGCUGCUUACCUUGCAAACAGGAAAACACACAUCCAGUAGCUCAAGCGAGGUGAUACUGGCCCUGGAGGAGCUCACUAGACUUCAUUAUCUUGUGCAAAAAGUCCUGACGACAGCAGAAAUACCAAACACCCCCUGCAGACUACAGUGCUUUCAUUAAGGGCAAGAUCGGUCCCAUCUCAUACAGUAUGUGGCCCCCUACAUGCCUUUUUAACUCUCUAUGUGAAGGGUAACUGAAGCCCCCAACAAUCUUUCUUCAUUACAGAGAAUGUCCUGUAAUUGACGCGGGUCCAGUCAUGCCAAAUAAGCCAACAUACAUGGAACAGUCAAACUACUGUAGCAUUUAAACAGCAAAUUUGACUGGACUGAGAUGAUGUGGGCAUGCUCCCGAGUAGGCUGAGAAGGAGACUACAGUGGAACCUCAAACUCAAGCUGCGGUAAAAUGUAAAACCAAACAUUUAUCAGAACUUGAAGCACUUGAACUUUAAUGAUGAAGGUGCCUCAUGUUUCGUCAUUCUUUAGUUACUGCUACAUAAGUGAAAAACAAAGAGUACCACUACUAAACAGAAAUAAAAACAUUCCUCAUGUAUUGUUUGGCCGGCAACUGGCUAGCACAUCUGCCUCACAGUUCUGAGGACCGGGGUUCAAAUCCUGGCCCCGCUUGUGUGGAGUUUGCACCUUCUCCCCGUGCCUGGGUGGGUUUUCUCCGGGCACUGCGGUUUCCUGCCACAUCCCAAAAACAUGCAUGGUAGUUUGAUUGAAGACUCUAAAUUGCCCUUAGGUGUGAACGUGAGUGCGAAUGUUUGUUGGUUUCUAUGUGUCCCCUUGCGAUUGGCUGGCGACCGGUUCAGGGUGUACCCUGCCCCGAAGAUAGCUGGGAUAGACUCUAGCAGCACACGCGACCCAAGUGAGGAUAAGCGGUAAACGUGAUGGAUUCAUUGUUUGGAAUUCACUAUAUUAAAUAUAAUCCCUGACUGGAAAUUCAAUUUACGCUCAAUGGUCUACUGACCCUCCGUUUCCAAAAUCCUUACAGAUUGAGACCUAAUAACCCCCCCAUACACUGUAUUGCAAUAAGUAGCAAGAAAGCCAUCAAAGCCAAAGAAAAAGCAAAAUAUAUAUCUAAAUUUUUUUGUUUCUUGCUGAACUGAACUGUUGUGCAAUGUUUUUAUGUUUUGCAUGGUGUCAUUUCCCUGUUGUUGGUCCCAUUUUUUGGAAUAAGUGCCGGUUAAGAGAAAAAAGGCAACAAAAAGCGAAAACGCACCCAGUCUUAAUCCUUUGACGGCUUCUGAGCCAAGGUCUAGCUAAUUUCUCAUGUGACGUCAUACAAGAAACUGUACUGAACUUGGGUGACUUUAGCAGUGGCGGCUGGUCAAUAAGUGCGCUAGGGGCACCGUCCUACCGAUUAGCUGAGUCACUACCUUGAAAAAGGGAAAAAAGUUAAUCAAAAUGAAAUGUUACAAUAAAAUUACAAAUUAUAUGUAUGUAGUUUUAGUUGAGCCGCAUAAAUUCUCUACUGUUAAUGAAGAGUAGACCCGAUUUGUUUAUUGCGGCUCUCUCAUUCGAUGACAAUUUCUGGAGAGGACAAGUGAGGAUGUCGCAUUCCAGCGCCCGUUUUAACGUUUAACAGGUUUAAAAAGAAAUUCCACUCUCCAUUUGUCGUUCGUAUUAUUCAACGUCACUUCUGGUCUCCGGGCCCUCCUCCCGCCUCUUUCGACGUUUUCAUUUGGCCAUUGUGGAGACGAGUAGAGCUACGUGCAGAGUUUGAAAAAAAUGGCGGCAGAGACCUUGAGUAAACUCAGUGAAGACUCUUGUGUGUUGAGGUUAAUUAAGGGACUACUUGGGGGUAUAUUGGACAAUGUGUGUGUGUGCAUAUAUAUACUGUACAAACAUUGUUGUCUGAUGUAUUCCAAAUGAGGGCAUUCUAUUUCAGAGGUUCCACUGUACUUGAUGCUGGUAAUCUAGGGAGAGCAUGACCAAUUUAGCAUAUUUCACUUCCUGCAUGUAACGCUGUCCUAAUCGCUGUUUGUCAGAUAGCGUUACAUGUUUCAUGAUGUAGUGUGUUAACUUGAAAAACCAAGAGGCUAACGGAGGGUAUAUGAUAUCAGAGGUUGAAUUGAGUUUGUCCAAGUAGUUGAGCUUCCCUCCUGUGCUCAUGUAUCCUGGUAGUCCUCACACUGAAGGCUUCACCCAUUUUCCCGGCUACUGAAAGUCUGUGUGAAGCCAAUUUAAUUAGCGCUCUCACAUUUCUCCUGGCUCCUCUGCAGAAGAGACUUUCUGGGGGAAAGCAGGUCACCACUGAGAGGGAUUUUGAAAUCUCCCUCCACCCACCUUUUACUGCUCCAUUCAACGACGGGAAGACAUAUCCUGUUUCGAAGCAAACGGUCAUAAUGUCCACUGGCUUUUCUCAUUUUUUGGCUCGCCCGAUAGGUCUGAUAGUCUUUCUUGCAUGUAUCUUCAAACAUUAUUUUUUUCCCCCCCUUGUCAUCCAAAUUCAGAAAAUGUUGACAUGAAGCUUUUUCAUCUGGGACUCAUAAGUCAAACCCCCCAGAACCCCCAACUCCUGUCCCCUGCACAUGACGAGUCCUUUAAAAUGAUGAAAGGAUGUCGAAAAGGUGGUGCUUGUGUUCCACUGAAUUUCGGCAGUACACACUGCUACCAGGAGUCAGAUGCUGCUGACACACUCCAAAAGCAAUGAUGUUUUUUGUUUUUUUUUAAUGCAAAAAUGUGGACCAACAAGACUUAUUGGGGUGGUCUCGGUUUCUAUAUUUUUGCCAUGAUGAGAAACUCAGGUACAGAUUGAAGGAUCAUUUUAGAUGGUAUUGAACUCAUCACUUGACGUGAUUUUUGGGUCACAUUUUUCAAAUGCCUUGUUUGUGAAAAAGGGUACUAUUAGUGUAUCACCCUAUUCAUAUUCUACAUUUAUUGUGUAUGUAUUUUCUGUAAAUAGGUUUACUUUGCUGGAAAAAUCUUAAUUGAGGUUUUUAAAAUCUGGCCCAAAUAUGUAAAUCGGAGAGUUUGCGUUUGGGGAAAAAAACGUAUUAAGGUAAAAAAAAAAAAAAAAAAAAAAAGGAUUUUACUAUUGGUACACUCGUUCAAAUUGCUCUUAUUUUAUUUCAACUCAAGGGCACGCCACUGGACCCUUUAUUGUAUUUUAGUCUGUGCCAAUUAGCCAAAAAAAACAAAACAGUUUGCUACCUUUUAUGUUUCUAGGUCAUAACUGGUGAGGAUAGGAUCUCACUGUGAGAUCCCCUGCUUAUACAUACAAUGUUCAUGGUGCUAACUGAAUGAUAGCACAUCUGUGAAGAUUGCAGUUCAUCCCAUUAAGAGUUAUCAGCCUCAGUGCUUAAGACCUACAUCAAUUUCAUAUCCAAUUUGCCAAAGGAUCACACUGUUUAUUGAAAUGUCACUUCCCACCUAGAUGAUCAUUUCAUCUGGCCAUCAUUAUCUUCAAAGUUGUCCCUAGUUCUAAAGAAGAGUCCGUCCAAUUACAAGGCUUGAUGCUGUGUAAAUAGUCAUGCCAUAACUUUUCAGGGUAACAACCUGACUUCACUUUCUUCAGACAGCCUCUUCAUAUUCACUGCUACGGAAGAGUAUUAAGCCCUCACAGGCAAUGUGUAGAGAAUAAAGCUAUGGGAAUUUAAGGGAAAAGGUCUUAAUUAAAGUGGGUACGGAAAGUAUUCAGACCCCCUUAAAUUUUUCACUCUUUGUUAGAUUGCAGCCAUUUGUUAAAAUAAUUUAAGUUAAUUUUUUCCCUCAAUGUACACACAGCACCCCAUAUUUGUUGACAUUUUCGCAGAUGUAUUAAAAAAGAAAAACUGCAAUGAACUUCAAUGAUUUAAGCAAAUGGCUGCAAUAUAACAGAGUGAAAAAUUUAAGGGGGUCUGAAUACUUUCCGUACCCACUGUAUAUUUUGGUAAUUUUAAUAGAAUAAUAAGCAUAAACGUAUGUUAUGUUUUUUCCAGUCAUCUGACAGUGUUUUUAAAUAAUACUGAGUGACAUUACCCGAAAAAUUACAAUUUAAAAGUAAUUACCACUUUUAAAAAAAUCCGUUAUAGUCAUAUUAUGACACAAUGCUCGCAAAUUACAACUAUUCAGGUAACCCAUAAAAUAUAAUAAUACUGUAGUAAAAACUAUAAUCUCGUCAGAUCACAAAUUUUGCUUAAAAAUGCACCUUUUUAGUCAUCAUAGUCCAACAUGACAAUCUUAUUUACGUAAGAUAACUUUUAUAAUAGAAGCGUACUGUCAUCAGUCUUCUACUCUGUUAUUGUCAUAUCAAGACUUGUUGCUGUCGUCUUACUAAUUUAUGUUCAUCAUUUUACAAUUUGUUUUUGUUUGCAUGAGUGGCCCUAAUACUCAUUCAUUCGCUGAAAGUUAGGACUUCCAUGCUCUUUGGAUAGUAGACACUACUGGGAAUAGGCCAGAUAUGUACUGUAUGAAAUGUAGUCUUGACUGGGCGUUCUAAAUACGACACUGGAAUCUUACUGCAAACACGCCUUUUUAGAUCUUCAGUAGGUUUAACAGACAAUUCUAUUAAUAGUAUCUGUGAAAUGUGCAGGCAUGUUAAGAUACUUCUGUCUGCCCAGUCCUUUUGUAAAUGUUGAGAGAGCAGCAUGCUGACCUUUAUUGACGCAAGUCUUCCACUGGAACCUUUAUUUCAUUUCAUUUUGAAUUAAAAAAAACAAAACAAAAAAAAGAAGUUAUUAGCAGACUUAACAGUAAAAAUGCUCUUAUGACGUGUUACUGUCCUUAAUGUACAAUUGAGCCUCCAACCAGCUGGAGGCGCUAUGCAGUCAAACAAUUAAAAAGAAAGAAAGAAAUAAGAACUUUGUACCAAACCUCAAAACAGUUUGAACAGCUAACAUAAAAAAAGUACCAUAAACGAAGAAAAACUGAGUUGUCGCUAAAUUUGAAUUGGUUACACGGUGGCUUUUCAGAGUUCUUUCUGUGAUUUUGCCCUAAACCCUGUCAGAAUCAAGCAACCCAUUACAAGUGAUUCGCUCGUGAGCAAUUAGCACUUCACACCCAGCCCGACCAUUGUGUGACUGUCAAGAAAUAGAAGCUUGGUACCUCGACUUGAGCCUUGUGCCUCAGCCAGCGGGCCUUACACAAUCACAAUGUCUGUGUAGCAGAAACAUGGUCCUACAAAUUCAGUUUUAAGUCUGCCGAUGUCUCCGCUCACUCGAUCGUUAACGGCUGAGAAGUCUUUUCAUCAUCCGGGCCGACGGGACGGGAUCGUACUCGCACACAGACUAGAGGGCUGCUUACUUCUUUGCUGCUAGCCGCCAGCUCUCAGUCACACAUCUCUUCUAAUAAUACAUGUUGCAAUGUCUGUGAAAACAAUACUUGAUGCGACAUGAAAGCAGGGUAAAAGGUCAUUUGUGCCUUUUAUUGCACAAACUACUCAUUCUUAAAUGAGUAAAAAUGUGUGUGCCGUUUUUGUUGUUGUUAUGAGAAUAUGCAUGUGACCAAGCCAUGUACAAACGGGUUUUAGUGUAUAUAAUGUAAAUACAUAUUUAAUGACAAAUACAAUGUUCGCUGAACAGAAUAAAUGUGUUAAAAAAACAUGCUUGGCGGAAGUGUUUUCAGAUUUUGGAUGUUAUUUUGGUGUAUGCAAUAGUCUAACCUAAGAAUGACAGGUGUAAAAAGUAAUUGUGGUGAGGAGAACGGCAUUUCUGUCAUUGCUGUGCCAAACCCUCGAUCACCUCCAGUUCAUCUUUGUAGUUUUAUGUUGCAGCCUUAUUCCCAAAUAGAUUAGUUUUUUUCCUAAAAAUUCUACAAACAACACCCUGUAAUGGCAGCAUGAAAAGGUUUAAAAUAAAUGUACAUAUAUUAUAUAUGUCAUGUACAUAAAUAUUCACAGCUUUUGCACAGCUGAGGUGAGAAGAGUACUUUAGAGUAAUAGUACUCUUCGUACUAUUACUUAUUAUUACUUUUACUUAUUACUAGUACUUAGUAAUAGUAAUAAUAAUAGUAAUAAUAGUGUCUCCAAAGUGUUCUCUGUCAAUUGACUGUCUGUUGUCGUACUAGAGCGGCUCCAACUACCGGAGACAAAUUCCUUGUGUGUUUUUGGACAUACUUGGCAAAUAAAGAUGAUUCUGAUUCUGAUAAUGUAACUCCGGUAAAAGUAAAAAGAUGUCCUCCAAAAGAUUGGAUGAUUGGUGUGGUGAAUGUGCGCCCCGCCCCGGCUUUGCGUGUUUAUUUUCACAACUAAGUGAAUUUGAAUUCGGAAAUCAAUUACCAUGGGUUGCAAGGCAUCAUUUUCUUUUUGAGGUUAGUAGUGAAUGUCCAUAUUCAGUAUCCGUAGCACUCCUUCACUUUGUCCGUAUUGUCAGCCUGCAUUUGUCAGGGAAUGGCUUUAAAUAGAACUAGAAAUGCACCCAGUGGAGCACAGACCUUCACUAAGGUGGAGAGAUUGUGGUCUUCUGUAUACUUCUUCUUCUCAUGUUCGCUCAACACUCCUUGUGGAGGCCGGUCCUGUUCUUUUGGAAUUAAUCCUUUGAUUCUAAACUGUGACAUCAUGCAUUAUGGAGAAUUUCAAAGGCACACUUGCACCAAACUUAAAUUUGUUUGUCCUCUGGGUAGUUGACUUCAGAUUUUCUUCACUGAUGAUUUGAUUAGACCCAAUGCAUGCAAUUAAAAACAAUAAAUGAGCUGACAUAGUUGAACAUAAAAGAAAAAUAACAGAUGGACACAUGGUUAGAUUUUUAUUUCACCUGAAGGCUUUUCUGUCUGCGUCAAGAUUCUCUCAGAAGAAACACAUGCAUCUUCAUUCCCUUUGCGAACGCAUGAUCAUUAACUCGUGCGGGGCAACACUUGCCACAGUCGCGGCGGGACACACAAAUGUUGUGAUGUAUGAUGGCCAUUAAUGCCUCAGAGGAGGCGAAAACCAUUUGAAGAUGCCAGUCACAAACAAAUAUCCAUACACAGCACAGUCGUCACAUCCUUCCUAGAAGGGCGUGUUCCAUCUGCUCGCCCCACAUAAAAAAAAUAAAAUAAAGAAAAUGAACUCCAGGAAUUUGAUGCCAGUAUCUUCUUCAGUUUGAUUACAUUGCAACAUUUCAGUCAAGUCUCCUCUUGCUUGCCGAUCCAUUGAUUUCUGUCCUUGUGGGCCAUCAAUCACGCUGCAACUUAAGGAGUAAAUUCAGGCAAAUACCUGGAGUGAAUAUUAAAGCCCUUACAGUAACUGCUUGUGUGUGUGUAAACAUUAAUAAGAAGUGGUUAUCACUGGAAAUGAAAGUUCUCACUUGCUCAUCCAUCACUCUGUAGCAGACAUGCGCCCCUCAAACGGAGGUGACACAGUGGCUCCCCACAGUUUGACAAACUGCAGCCUUCGAAGCCGCCCUGCUGUGAGACUCCCGCAACAAGACGCUUUGGACCCUAAAGUAAUUAGCAGGUCCCCUCGAAAUCUUGGUUUACACUCAUCAAAGAGUCUUUUCUUCGUUUGAACUCCCAACAGGCCAAAAGAGACCGAUCGACGGUGGGAUGCAAAUACAGCAACAAACUAUUUGCUUAAUAUCCUAACGUGCGUGAAAGGCGCCACACGCAGGCGUCGAGAGGAACUGUAAAGCCGACCGGGCGGACUCUCAUUUGAUGUUUAACCAAGGAAAAAUGUCUCUUAAUAUUUCACAAACACUGCAGAAUUAUUCCAAAUGUAUGCCUUGAUGUCUGUCAUUGCGUCAACUUUACAAAUGCAGCUGUGAGAUUUUGAGAAUUGUUUGUCUUGAUUUGAAUCAUAAGCAGUUGAUUUGCCAAAACUAAAGUAUAAACAUUCCUUGUGCUUGACCUGUGAGUAAAGAGUGCCAAGUUGAGGUUAUUUUAUACUAAUAUAUGAUUUUAAAACUAUUUUAUCAAAUUUGUAGACAAGAUUCAAGCUGAUGGGUGUGGUCUUCUCCGUCCCUCUUCAACACACCCCUGGGGUACUUAACCCUGGCGCCCGUGUGUUUUCGCGCUCGUGUUUUUCCUCUCCUCGUCUUGCUGGCAGCUCGCCCGGUGGGCCACCCCUCCCCGUUUUGCCCUUUCUUUGUUCGGGCGCACAGCUCGGUAACCGCGAAAGCCGGGAUAGAACAGACUUGGCUUCCCAGCCUAAUCGUGGGCCACCGCGAGGCAAUCAGAGCAGCUACUACGAAGGUACCAGGUACGCUUCCAGCCAAGCGGGAUUAUUAUUAUUAUUAUUACCCUCAACUUUUGUCCUCACUCUCCCGUCCGCACUGGACGCAGUAAACGCUCACGUUUCCAACUUUAGUCCCAAAACAAUGUUCUUUUUCCCUUUUCGUAUGCCUAUGUUCCUUCUGUUUACCAUUAUUAGUGUUAUUUUCUUUCUUUAGUUAGACCUGUUAUGUGUUCCCUGGAUCCCUUGUAGAUGUCAUUAAAUAUACUAUAA